ACGAAAACUAAAAGUCCCUCCCAGUGGUGUUUCAAAUGCUCUGGCAUUGUAGUGCACAAAAACACGAUGAGUGCUUCCGAGGGCCACUGGGAACCCCUAGCCGAGAUUUACCUGUCGCAUCCACUGGUGAAGGAUAAGAAAAAAAGCAUCUAUUGCUUGUGCAGUCGUGUGUUUAUCAAAAACUACUACGAUGUUUACGUGUCCACCUUGGAACGUGGUGAUUCUGUACCCUUGAUACCAUCGAUGGAUCCCACAGCGCAAACAGAACGGUCAUAUUCUCCGAUAGCUGUGAAGACAGCAGAAACUGCGGGUGUUGCCGAUGAUGUAAAAGAAACUGCACAAUAUUUGACUGGUGGUGCUUCGGACGAGCUCUUGGAUGUACUGGACCGUGCAGAGGUGGACGAUGUGUUUAUCGAGGAACCGCUAGUAAAGCAACUUAGCUUUGGCCGUGAUGGUGUGCGAAAAAUGCCAUCGAAAUGGGGUGAUCGAGAUGCGGGAACUACAAGUGACGCCAGCUGCUACUUCAGUGCCAGUGCCAGUCACUCCGAUACCAACUAUUGCAGUACUGAUGAGCACGAACAUGUGCUCUAUGCUUCUGGUGGUGGAUCGCAAACUGUUGCGACAGGCUUAACGACGGGUAACUCAACCGUGAGAAGUAUCGUAACAUCCGGAUUGCAUUCUAGCGACAGUGGUGCUGACCUGUCUGAACGAAUUCUUGAACGGAAGCUAUCGCUUAAAGAUGAGCUGCUUGAAAGUGGUCGUACUAAUACCGACGAUAAUGAACAUGGUCCAGGGUGUGCGGGGCCCAUGCCAUCCGUUGCAUCAAUGGAACGGAACAACAGUCUUCCAGAGGCAUUCGGACGGGAGGAUUUACACGACGCAUGGGAAACGUACUGGAGCAAACACGGCGAGGCAAUAAUUUGGGCGUCUUGGAUUGAAAAGUAUAGUGACUAUAUAAAUCCGGAGUACCUAGAACCGGGAGAUGCUGGCCAGGCUACUGGUACCAAUACGCCUCAUGACAAAAGUGAAGCCACUCCGGGAACUGCGACAGAGGUGGAUAAAGAUUUUUCUUUCGAUAACGAUGCAAUUACGGCAACCAGUAUGGAAAUCGUUGUGUCUGCCUGUUCGCCCCACCCCUACACUAAAUCAACUUACCAAAUGGCACACUGGCAAUUGCCUUUCGGUGAAGGCGCAGCGGGCAGCAGCAUCGGCGGUGGUGUAGAUGAUAUUCUUUGGUGUGCCCACCGUUCAGGGAGCUGCGAAAAUGAAGCUCUACUAAGUCCACGAUGUGAUUCUGUUACAUCGAGCAUACCGCUUACGAUAGGCACUACGGAUUCCAUGACCAACGUCACGCGGAUGACAAUUUCGAGUUACGAUUUUUGUAGCUCGAAGGUAAGCUCGGAAAGCUCAAACCUUUCCGCAAGUCUUAGUUCUGAAAAUUCAAACGAAAGCUCGAACAGUUCGGAUAUGCUUGAAACGGAGUAUUUAGUAGGUGCGAAUGAAACGGCGGGAGCUCCGAUACCACCGGAUGAAGAGGCCGCGAUGGAUGGCGAGCAAUAUUGGCAGAUUUUGUGGCAGCAACAUUUUCAAGAGCUGUAUGCCAAACAGUACCAUCACUUCAUGGCCGAACACGCGCACGACGAGCAGAGUGCGAGCUGUGGUGAACGUAGCACAAACUCAAAGUACCAUAAACGAAAGCGCCACACCAAUAAUGGUGGAAGCAGAGGCGAUACUCGCUCCUCGUUCCAGGAGUCGGAACAGCAGCUUCCGGAAAUGGUUGCAGAAAUGCGUUUGUCACAAACGGAAGAAACGAAUGAACCCAAGGAUGGAAAUGACGACACGCGUAGCAAGGAACCUAAAGAUGCACAAACAGCAGAGUCGGUCGAAGAUUUAUCGAUGGUGCUGCAAUCGUACGGUUUACCAACGGCAUUUGGGAAACCAUCGCAAUCAUCACCAGCAGGCGACGGAGGUGAUGACAGACCACCGAAUGAAAAGCCUAUUAACCUGAAACGCAGUCACGAGAGUGACAAUGAAGAAACGCCAAAAGAACGUCUGAAGGCUGCGUUUGAGCUGAUGGGAUACUCUUUCUCCGAUCCGGCCAAUGAGACGGAAUCGAUCAUAAACCUCUCUGGCGAGGUAUUUUAUCGCAAGAAGCACAUUCGGUUACACAAUCGAGUGUUGAAAAUGAAACACCACAAACCAAAGCAUACAUACUUCGAUGACGAUGGGAACGAACUGCAGAUGGUAGGUGCCACCGACAAGACCGAUUCUGCCGCUCCGGGAGCACUGCUCCUUCACACUUCUUCCGACGACGAUGAUACCAACCCAGGAGCGCUGGGCAGAGCAAGUGUACGAUCGAGUGCGAUCCUCGAGUAUAAUCAACUUCCGGUUGCUGCCGGAAAGGAUGUUGAUUCGGUGGAAAGUGGUGAUGGACCCGAGACCGCUGUGGAAACUCCAGCUGUUGCUUCCAGCGAAAGUGGAUGCGCAUUGCCAACCAGCACGAAGAAGGAGAAGAAAAAGAAACGCAAAACUAAAUUCGUGGCCAGCCUUCCGGCCGACAUCGCCAACGACCGAUCACUGCUUAAGUAUUGGUAUAAACGGUUUUCUCUGUUUUCGCUUUUCGACUCGGGUAUCCGGCUUGAUCGGGAAUCUUGGUUUUCGGUCACACCGGAAAAGGUGGCAUCACAUACGGCCGAACGUUGUCGUUCGGAUUUGAUAAUCGACGCAUUCUGUGGCUGUGGAGGCAAUACGAUUCAGUUUGCUUUUAGCUGUCAAAAGGUGAUCGCAGUCGAUAUCGACCCUCGGAAGAUUGAGAUGGCCAAACACAAUGCAGCCGUGUAUGGAGUAGCGGACCGCAUAGAGUUCAUCGUUGGAGAUUUUAUGCAGCUGGUCGAUCGACUGCAGGCAGAUGUUGUGUUCCUAUCGCCCCCAUGGGGUGGUCCAGGAUAUCUGAAGGAAGAGGUUUACGAUCUGGAGCAAUCGUUGCUACCGGUUCCCGCCACGCAGCUGAUGCAAGCUGCCCAGCGUGUGAGUAAAAACGUUGCCAUCUAUUUACCACGCAACUCAAACACACAGCAACUGACGAUGUUGGCUGGACCAAACGGUGCCGUUGAAAUCGAACAGAACUUCCUCGACCGUAAACUAAUCGCACUGACCGCAUACUAUGGAGAUUUGAUCAACGAAUAAAACCGAUCACGGCAUUGCAUUUGUUGAUGUAUGGAUGUGACAGAAACACCAAGCACAGCACCGCUAGAAAGAGCGUUUAAAAAGCACACAUGCGUAAUUUAUGACUGCAUUCCGCCAUUUAAAAACAAAUGCUGUUUGUGAUUAAUUUUGGUUCGCAGAAUGAAGAAAUUCCCAUCCAGGUGACGCACACAAAGUCAGUCUUUAAUUUCACUUAAUAGCAACGCAGAAACCAUUCGGUUCGAACCGGCUGAUGGCAAUUGAGAGUAGUGUUGUGACACAUUGUAAUAGCGUCGAUGUAACUAAGGAGAUUUUAUUUAAAACACCAACGUUCUAUAUGCUACAUGGACAGCGAACUAUAUAAGAUUGGUUUGUUGGCUAAGCAAUGUUUGUAUAUUCUGCGACCUUCAUUUCCUGUUGGCGAUGUCGCACACGCUAGCUCUUUUUUCAUUAGGACAAUCUUAAGUGUAGGUAUCUGACGAACCGCUAAAAUGUAUUAGAACAUUUUAGAUGGAUUGUAUUUGCUUCCGUUAAGGACGAAUGUUAGGUUAGACGUUUCUGUUCGUGUAUACAUUUUCCUUCGAACGUUAGGAAAAAAAACAUAUUUUUAAAGCAAUUUAGUUUCCGGUGUGUUGAUUAUAGAAAUAAGUUUUGUAAGUGUAAGAAAUGAACGAUAAAGGUAAUGCAUUAACACUAUAUAAGUAAAAUGAGAAAAACUAAAGGAACUUACAGAAAUUUAUCAUA